AUGAAAACUUUAGCCAGAAGUUUCUGUUUCUGUUGGUGGCCAGGCAUUGAUCAGGAUAUUGAGACCGUGGCCAAGAAAUGUCAUGGGUGUCAGAAGAAUCAGAAUGCACCCAAAGGAGCACCAUUGAAUGUAUGGGAGUGGCCCACGAAACCAUGGGAUAGAGUCCACAUAGAUUUUGCCGGACCUUUCCUAGGAUCUAUGUUCCUGAUAAUGGUGGAUGCACAUUCGAAGUGGCCGGAGGUGAUCAAAAUGAGUACGACCACAUCAGCGUCCACAAUUGACGCUUUGAGAACAGUUUUCGCCCGAAACGGACUUCCAGCAACUCUUGUGAGUGACAAUGGGCCGCAAUUUACGUCGAGGGAGUUCGAAGAUUUUGUUGAUGCCAAUGGCAUUAAACACAUCAAAACUUCACCAUACCACCCAUCCAGUAAUGGACUUGCCGAACGCUUCGUACAAACAUUCAAACAAGCCAUGAAAUGA